AUGGUUUGAUGGAAAAACGAAUACUUUGUUUUGUUUUCUUCUUCAUUAUAACGCUCGAGCUGCAAAUAACUGUGGUUUUAUUAUUGUGAAGAAUAUCAUACUGGUUGAAGCAAUGUCUUUUGAGACAGCAACGCUCCAGUUUUCAGAAUGGGACACUGGCAGGAGGAAGCUGAGAUACUUGUUCCUAAGUCCACCCUCUUCCUUCAAAUUAUACAGUAGGCAUUUAGACGAGGAAAAUAUGAUCCCACUUUUUCUUGGUGCUGAUGUAGUUGCGCAAACAAGAAUUCGGACCGAAAAUCACCCAAAACUUCAUGCAAAAUUUGCAAAGAGGGGUUUAGCAACAAAACUUACUUUUAGCCCUGAUUUCAAGUUUGAGAGACUGAGGCUUCCCAACAGUGUGAAUAGUCUGUGGUUUUAUAGCAUUCAAGGUGUGUUUAGAGUGGCUUUUGACAUGUACAAUGGAGAAGAUCAGCUGGCAGUCAUUGAAAGUUUGCAGGAUCUCUGGAAAAUUCGAUUGAAGGAUGAUCCUCUCAACAAGGACUACAACUUGAAGUGUCUUGGAUGCACAGACCAAAUGGAAGAGACUUUCAGACACAAUGAUACAUAUGUGGCUAAGGAAUUGUGCAGUCCAUUUCCCAUUUGUAAAGAUGAGCAACAGAAUAUUCCAGCCGUAACGGAACACAAUUACUGUAUGACUGAUCAUCAGGCUAGUCUUGAAAGUCAUCCCAAGGAAGCAAAAAGCAAUGAUUUAUUUGAUAAGAUUAAAUCAUUGUUAGAUGUUUCUGCCAAUAUAGCUACUGAAUUAAAUGAUAAAUUAAAAACAUUGGUUCUAAUGUUAGUACAUGUCAUUGAGCUAGCAAUGAAUGGAGAGCAAUGCUUGGAUAAAAUAAUUGUAAGCAUUAUAUAUCUUUUGGACGCGGCAAGCAAUCUGAGUGCCACAGGCAGUUUAUCAGGAGGAAACUCCUCAGUAUAUGAAAACAAUUUGUUGCUUGAGGUUAGCAGCUGGCUUGGCAAUAGAUUUCAGAGGGAGAAUGAGUACAUUAGCCAACAGGUGGAGGAAUUUAAAAGAAGACAUAUUGAUCACAUCUCUGAUUUACCCCCGGCAGAGGAACUGGUUGAUGCUUUGUUUCCUAAAGCUAUGAAAGUUUUAUUAGUCAACUGGAUGGGGCUGUCUGGUGAGGGUUCUGCACUGAAGCUCAAGAGUGAAUACCCAAUCCUAUUGCUAAUCUUAGAAUUUGCAAAUCACAAUCUUAUCACUGGAGUUGCACAUGUUUUAUAUUCUACGCUGAUAAGUAAAUAACACAUUUUUACUCCAUAUAAUGAGAUGUUUUGUGUAUAUGAAUGUAAUUGUUUACAUUAAAUGUUAUUUAUAUUGCACUCCUUUAUUUUUUAUAUAAUAAUCCAAAGCUACUUGUUUCGGCUGUAUCACCGGCCUUUAUCAAGAUCAUGAUGAAGGCCGGUGAUGAGGCCGAAAAACGUAGAUUUGGAUUAUAUCGGUAAGGUGUUUUGGGUUGCGGUAACAGGACAGGUGUACUGGUCUUGUUGUGUGAAAAUUAUGAGUGAUCAUACACGUAAGCAUUGUGGCGCUUAACAAGCAUUUGGAACUUUUACAAGUUCCAACUUUGUUUCUCGAUAUUGUUUCAACAUUGCUACAAUAUAGCUUACUACCAAAGUUUUAAAACCUAAUUAAUCGGACUAUGGCCCGGAUUAGCAGCUUUUGGAUUGAAGCAUCAGUCACGUGACCUCGAGAAGCUCUAAGCGGGCUCUGACACCCAGAGAGUUUGGAAACAAGCUGUAGGUAUUUUCAUGCUGUUCAGCAAAGAAAAUAAGCAGAUAAACCUAGUUUAUAUUUUGCAAAGACAUUCAGGAUCUUGAAACUGUAUGUAGACAUUGUGCUGCAAGAUUUAGUUCAAAAUGCACUUUCAUUCACUGCAUUUUAAUAUGUUUUAAAGGGACAUAACCAUUUAAAUUAUAUAACCAUUUUCCCAUUUGUGCAGAUACCAGCAUCUAAUUUAUUGUUUAUCUUGUAUUUAUUGUUAUCACUUUGUGUACGUAUUAAAUAAUUGUGAUACAUUUUGAGACCGCUCUGUUUUGGAGCACUUUCCCAUUAUUCUGCCACUUUCAACAAAGAAUACCAAGAGAACAAAUGCAAGUUUGAUUAUAAAAGUAAAUUGGAAAGUUGUUUAAAAUUGCAUGCCCUGUCUGAAUCAUGAAAGUUUAUUUUUUACUAGCCUGUUCCUUUAAGGGAAAUCAAACACAUUUUAUAUAUACACAGUAUUCAGCAAUUAAUCACUGCAUUAAAAAAACAUCUGGUAAAAAUAAAAAUGUUUUAAAAGUAUUUAAAACUUU